GGAUUUCAUUCAGGGAGUUCGGCACGGACUAGAAGGGCUGAGUUGGCCUGUUUCCGUGCUGUAAUUGUUAUAUAAUUCCAUGUUACCGUAUUUUGAAACCGGAACGCUUGUGGAUGGGGCAUGUUUCUGACCGGACUGAUGUGAGUGGUGCGGAAGAAUGGCGGUGCUUGGAGGUUGGAGUGUCCGUCUGAAGAGUUUGACUGAGCGUCUGGGUGAAUGGCAGCGGCUCCCACGGAGAAAUGUUUACAAGAAGAAACGGGCUCCGUCUGCCCCCAGAGUUCCCAGUACCCAGUUGGCGCUGCAGAACUUGGACAUGAGCUGCAGCUCUCAGUUCGGCGACCUCUGGCCCUCCAUCCGUGUCGGCUUACUCUGCGAGCAGAAAUACGGGGCCCUGGUUAAUGGUUUCGGUGACGUGGAGGCAGUGAUCCGAAAGCUAGAAUUGCAGCAGGCCAGAGACUUCGUGUACGACAGCUGGAGCGAAUGGACAGAACUGCGGCCAGGCUGUGCUCCUAACACGGACUGUCAUCUCCGCGAAAUCCAGGAUUCACACCAGAGUUUGCAAACGUCCCAAUCUUGUCCUGAUCCUCCACUCCUUGUCGGUGACUCAGGACAAGAAUCUUCACCUUCCCUGGAAUCGAAAACGCGCCUAUCCCUUAGCCCAAACCUAAAAUGUUUUACAUUUCCGAGAGGAGACACCACCCGUUUUAAGCCCGCGAGGCCAGAUAAUUUAAGAUUGCUGGAAUAUUAUCUAAUGGAUGCUGCAUCACUCCUUCCAGUACUUGUUCUGGACGUUCAGCCACGUCACACUGUCCUUGAUCUUUGUGCGGCACCUGGUGGCAAGACAUUGGCACUGUUGCAGACAGAAUGCUGCCGACAUCUUGCUGUCAACGAUGUAUCCUUAUCUCGUGUAAAUAGGUUACGUAAAAUUCUUCAGAGUUACAUCCCAAAGAAUCUUUGUGUAGAAGACAGACUACGUAUCACAUCAUUGGAUGGCAGGCUCUGGGGAGAAAUAGAGAGAGAAACUUUUGACAGGGUGUUAGUUGAUGCUCCCUGCACAACUGAUAGACAUUCUGUACUUGAGGAAGACAACAAUAUCUUUAGCCGGAUACGGCUCAAGGAACGACAAAUGCUCCCUCUGUUACAGACCCAGCUGCUGGUGUCUGCCAUUCUUGCUACUAAGCCUGGCGGAUCGGUUGUGUACUCAACAUGUAGCUUGUCCCAGUUACAAAAUGAGCACGUGGUGGAGAGAGCAGUGCAAGUGGCAGAGAUUGAGCAUGUUCAUCUCUAUUAUUGCCAUCUCCAUUGUACUAUCUUUGAAACUGAUGAGAUGGCUGGAGAUAAGGAACUAUCGCAAAUUGAUUUUGAAAGUUCGCUCAAGGAGGGAAAGAUCUUUAAAAGACAUGAGAACCAUUAUGGAUGGGAUUAAAACAAUGGAUACCUUCCAAACAAAAAUUGACCAUGAACUCCUUCUCUCACUUCGGGAUCUCUGUAAAUCAAUACAACUAGGGGAUGUAUCAGCAAGCUACAUACUGCAUGCCUACAUGGAGAAA